AUGAAGAUAUUGCUUCUUUCUCCCUUUACUUCUGCCCACUCUUUUUCCUUUAAACUCUCCUUUCAUUCUCUCCGUCUCUCUCUCUCCUGCCCGUUCCGUCUCUUUCUCUCUCCUGCCCGUUCCGUCUCUCACUCUCUCUCCUGCCCGUUCCGUCUCUCACUCUCUCUCCUGCCCGUUCCGUCUCUCACUCUCUCUCCUGCCCGUUCCGUCUCUCACUCUCUCUCUUGCCCGUUCCGUCUCUCCUCUCUCCCCCCGUUCAGUCUCUCCUCUCUCUCCUGCCCGUUCCGUCUCUCCUCUCUCUCCUGCCGUUCCGUCUCUCUCUCUCUCCUGCCCGUUCCGUCUCACUCUCUCUCCUGCCCGUUCCGUCUCUCCUCUCUCUCCUGCCCCGUUCCGUCUCUCCCUCUCUCUCCUGCCCGUUCCGUCUCUCACUCUCUCUCCUACCCCGUUCCGUCUCUCUCUCUCUCUCUCUCGCCCGUUCCGUCUCUCUCUCUCUCGCCCGUCCCGUCUCUCUCGCCCGUCCGUCUCUCUCUCUCUCUCUCUCUCGCCCGUUCGUCUCUCUCUCUCGCCGUCCCUCUCUCUCUCCCGUCCCGUCUCUCUCUCUCUCUCUCUCGCCCGUCCCGUCUCUCUCUCUCUCUCUCCCGUCCCGUCUCUCUCUCUCUCUCUCGUUCUCUCUCUCUCUCUCUCUCCGUCUCUCUCUCUCUCUCUCCCGUUCCGUCUCUCUCUCUCUCGCCCGUUCCGUCUCUCUCUCUCUCUCGCCCGUUCGUCUCUCUUUCUCUCUCUCUUGCCCGUUCCGUCUCUCUCUCUCUCUCCUGCCCGUUCCGUCUCUCUCUCUCUCUCCUGCCGUUCCGUCUCUCUCUCUCUCUGCCCGUUCCGUCUCUCUCUCUCUCCUCGUUCCGUCUCCUCUCUCUCCUGCCGUUCGUCUCUCUCUCUCUCUGCCCGUUCCGUCUCUCUCUCUCUCUGCCCGUUCGUCUCUCUCUCUCUCCCUGCCCGUUCCGUCUCUCUCUCUCUCUCCUGCCCGUUCCGUCUCUCUCUCUCUCUCGCCCGUUCCGUCUCUCUCUCUCUCGUCUCCGUUCCAUCUCUCUCUCUCUCCCGUCCCGUCUCGCCGUCUCUCUCUCUCUCUCUCUGCCCGUCCCGUCUCUCUCUCUCUCUCUCUCGUUCGUCCCUCUCUCGUCUCUCUCGUCUCUCUCUCUCUCUCGCCCGUUCGUCUCUCUCUCUCCCGCCCGUUCCGUCUCUCUCUCUCUCUCUCUCUCGCCCGUUCCGUCUCUCUCUCUCUCUCUCGCCCGUUCCGUCUCUCUUUCUCUCUCUCUUGCCCGUUCCGUCUCUCUCUCUUACCCGUUCGUCUCUCUCUCUCUCUCUCUCUCUUGCCCGUUCCGUCUCUCUCUCUCUCUCUUGCCCGUUCCGUCUCUCUCUCUCUCUCUUGCCCGUUCCGUCUCUCUCUCUCUCUUGCCCGUUCCGUCUCUCUCUCUCUCUCUUGCCCGUUCCGUCUCUCUCUCUCUCUUCCGUUCGUCUCUCUCUCUCUGCCCGUUCGUCUCUCUGUCUCUUGCCCUCUCUCUCUCUCUCUCGCCCGUUCUCUCUCUCUCUCUCGCCCGUUCCGUCUCUCUCUCUCUCUCUCCUGUUCCGUCUCUCUCUCUCUCGCCGUCCCGUCUCUCUCUCUCUCUCUCUCGCCGUCCCGUCUCUCUCUCUCUCUCUCGCCCGUUCGUCUCUCUCUCUCUCUCUCUCGCCCGUUCCGUCUCUCUCUCUCUCUCUCGCCCGUCCCGUCUCUCUCUCUCUCUCUCUCGCCGUUCCGUCUCUCUCUCUCUCUCUCUCUCUCUCUCUCGCCCGUUCCGUCUCUCUCUCUCUCUCUCUCUCUCUCGCCCGUUCCGUCUCUCUUGCCCCGUUCUCUCUCUCUCUCUCUCUGCCCGUUCCGUCUCUCUCUCUCUCUCUCGCCCGUUCCGUCUCUCUCUCCCGUUCCUCUCUCUCUCUCUCUUGCCCGUUCGUCUCUCUCUCUCUCUCUCUCUCUUACCCGUUCUCUCUCUCUCUCUCUCUUGCCCGUUCCGUCUCUCUCUCUCUCUCUCUCUCUUCCGUCUCUCUCUCUCUCUCUCUCUCUCCCGUUCUCUCUCUCUUGCCCGUUCGUCUCUCUCUCUCUCUCUCUCUCUCUUGCCCGUUCCGUCUCUCUCUCUCUCUCUUGCCGUUCCUCUCUCUCUCUUGCCGUUCGUCUCUCUCUCUCUCUCUUGCCCGUUCCGUCUCUCUCUCUCUCUCUUGCCCGUUCCGUCUCUCUCUCUCUCUUGCCCGUUCUGUCUCUCUCUCUCUCUCUCUUGCCCGUUCCGUCUCUCUCUCUCUCUCUUGCCGUUCCGUCUCUCUCUUGCCCGUUCCGUCUCUCUCUUGCCCGUUCCGUCUCUCUCUGCCUUGCCGUUCGUCUCUCUCUUGCCCGUUCCGUCUCUCUCUCUUGCCCGUUCCGUCUCUCUCUCGCCCCUUCGUCUCUCUCUCUCUCUCUCUCGCCCUUCCGUCUCUCUCUCUCUCUCUUGCCCCUUCCGUCUCUCUCUCUCUGCCCGUUCGUCUCUCUCUCUCUGCCCGUUCCGUUCUCUCUCUCUCUCUCUCGCCCCUUCCGUCUCUCUCUCUCUCUCUCGCCCCUUCCGUCUCUCUCUCUCUCUCGCCCCUUCCGUCUCUCUCUCUCUUUCUCCUCCUCCUCCUGUGUUGCUUGUAUUCCUUUAUCCCUCUUCCCUAUCUAUCUUCCCCUUUCUAUACCCUAUUCCUUCCCUUCUCACUUUACCUCACACACCCCUACCUUUUUCUUAUUCUCUGCAAAGACCUCCAGGUUACCCUAUAUCCUCAGGUGCCUUCUCCGGGCCUUACCCUCCCUCAUUAAUCAACACAUCUACGUUAUCACGAUUUGGUCCUCCCAGUCUGUUACCACCCCCAGGCUUACCCCACCCUGGAAUUCCUCAUCCGGCAAUUGUCACAACAGGACCAAAACAAGAAGUGAUGUCACAUAGCCAAGAUAAUCAUAGAGAUGCCAUUUUUCCCGAAUUAGCCAGAAAUCCAGAAUUUUAUGAAUUCUGGAGAAAGUCCGCUUCUGAUUAUGGAAUUGUUUUGAAUAUUUUUCCUUUUUUAACCCAAGAAAAAAAAAUUAUCCUUAAUUUUUCUAUUCUUUUCUUUUUUCUUCCUUUUUCUCUCCUCUCUUAUUUUUCACCUUCUCUUCCUUCCUUUUUUUCUCCUUACCACCCUGCUUCCCUUUUUUCCCCCACUUCCUUUUUUUAUGCCUUUGCUACCUCCUUCUUUUUCCUCUUCCUUUCCCUUUUUACUCUGUCCUCCUUCCCCACCAUCGCCCUUUCCUCCCUCUCCCCAUCUCCUUUCCUCCAUCCCCCUUUCCUCCAUUGCACUCCACUUUCCUCAUUUCCCUUACUUUUUCUUUCCCUCUCUCCUCUUUCUUUCCCUCUUCCUUCCCUUCUCCCAUUCCUCUUCCCCUCUUCAAUCUCCUUAUUCUUCACCCAUCUUUAUCCCCCUUUUCUCCUCUCUUCCCUCUUUCGUUCUCUCUCUUUUCUUUUCCUCCUUCCUUUUUUUUUCAUUCUUCUUUCUUGUCAUUUUCUACUUCUCCCCAUUUUUCUCUUCCCAUAUUCUUUCAUUCGUCCUUUAUUCUUCUCUUUCCUUUUAAUUAUUUUUCAUCUUUCAAAAUGGCAUCUCUUUUUAAGAAUCUUAAAACUCAAUAAAAUCUCAAUUCUUUUCUGUUUUCAACCAAAAUAUAAAUCAUAA